UAUCACCCCAACUACAGAAAGUUGGAAGAUUGAAAUGAGAGUGUUAGAAAAAUCUGGAAAGCGGACAAGCAAGAGUUCACCACUCAAAUAUCAAAAGCUUAUGUUAGCAGAUAAAAAGGGUAAUGAUGUUGAAGCAGUAAUAUUUGGCACUGAAAUUGAUGCUAGAGAAAACACUUUGGAAGUGUUCCACAGUUACUACAUCAGCAACGCUUAUGUAAAAAAAACAGCCCCACCUUUCGAUAAAAAGCGAGACUACAAAUAUUCUUGGACAUUGAACUCAAGAACAGAAAUCGAAGAAAUCCAAACAGAAGACAACCAGAUAUCAGCACCAAACUAUGAUUUCAUUCCGUUUAGCGACCUGCAUACACCUAAAGAAUUCAGCAAACCAAUAGAUAUUUUGGCUAUUGCUCUCAAAAUGAACCCACCAAAAGAAGUCAACACUCCCUAUGGACUACAUACAAUUCAAGAGAUAUAUUUAAUUGAUGAAAGUUGUAGCUUCAAACCAGUAUGUUUGACGAUGUGGGGGCAUAAAGUUCACGAUGAAUGCUUACAAAUAGCAGAAGUAAUCGAAGAAAGACCCAUAAUAUUGGGAUCAAAACUAAUUGUUCAAACCAAGAGAGGGCUGUCUCUAUCGUCACGCGACACGAGUACCUUCAAAAUCAAUCCUCAACUCCCCGAAGCAGAAGCACUAAAGGAAUGGGCGGAGAGCAACGAAACAGAAAUUAAAAACGCAAUAGCAAACUGCUUGACAUACGAAUCUUCUCCAAAAUCUUUUGUUGGAUUACACGAAAUAGUGACUAACAUCCAAAUUUCAGAGUUGACGAAAAAUCUGCAACUGAAUGAGAAAAAAUAUUUUUGGAUUGAGGCGGCAAUAAAAAUAACUGACACUCUCCAGAAUUUUUAUUACAUGUCAUGUGACGCAUGUCAUAAAAAAAUAGAUUUAUACAAUCGCGAUGAAAAAAUCAUAUGUGACAAGCCAACAUGCGGCCAAGAAGGAUUUCCUACACCACGUGCUAUAGCAUAUGUUGAACUUGAUGACAAUACAAAGAGCCUAUCUGCUAUCAUGUUCGCAGAUAUUGUCGAAAAAAUAUUCUCGUGUAAUGCUGCCCAACUAAUGAACUAUACUGCAGAGGUGUAGUUUUUAAAAAAUUAAAUAGUUUUACAUGCCUUUCAUAAGUUGAUUUUUUAAUUAAAUAAAUUAUGCACAUCAUGACUAAUCAUCUUAAAUGAAAAUACAUCACUGUUUGCAGGAACACCGCCGCUUUGUCGACACUACCAUAAUCAAUUUAUCAAAGAAAAAAUGGAUAAUCCAGAUAUAUGCGGACCCGACUAGAAUGAAAAGUGCAAAAUACAAAAAUUACACUAUUGUCUCUAUCAAAGAAAAUGAAGAUUGAAAUCCACCAAUGACUAUCAUUAGUUUUCUUAUCUACAAUUUUAAGACUAAUGCUAUCUUCAAUUAUCAA